CCAUGCUUGACGUGUAGUGUAUGUGUGCUUCUGCUGUCAAUCCUGUGAGCAAAGCAAGAUUGAGCCAAAGUUUAGUUGGAUACUUUGUCAACGAUUUUUAGCUUCUUCUCUUAGUUAGAACAGAAGAAAUAACAACGGGAGUGUGUUAUUAUCUAUAUGUUAAUAAGUUUGUACCUCUUUAAAAAAAAAAGCGACGCGUAUUAGCUUAGCUAGCUUGCUAGCAGCGGGCUACCAUGUAAGAAGGCAAAUCGGAUAUAGUGGACUGAAGUAAUGUGACGGUCAACAAGGAGAAUACAACUUAAGCUACAUAUUUUCUGGUCAUGCGACUGCUAUGUGUAGACGGUUGCUGCUUGGAAAUAGUUGAUAUCAACAGCAAACGAAAGUUGGUCACUCAUCCUUCAUUCUGGGAGCAGCGAGACCAAAUACAGCAGGAACAGCAGGUAGGACUGCUGAUGACUAACGACAUGGAGGGCAGCCGUAAUAGCUACAUGAUGGAGUGAUGCAAACUUUAGCUGACAGGCUGACAAAAAGCCAUGGAGGGAGUCGAGCAAGAAGCUUCUGUAGAGAAGAGUGGCAGUCUGGCAGAGCUGACCGUCGUGCAGAGUGUUGCUUUGGAUGGGUUUACUGAAGAUGAAGGGUCACUGCAGCCUGACCUCAACUUUCCUCACAUUGCUGAGGACGCAACCUGGUUAAUGGUUCAGGAAAGCGUAUCAACCUCCUCUGAGCUGCAAGAGCUUGGCUCUGCCUUGGGUGAAGAAGGGGAAAGUAAAGAGACCGUGGACAAUCCAUGUGUUCCGAAUGGGGAGGAAGCUGAAAAGGAUAAACAACAGAACAUCAGUGCGACUGUAACAACCAGCACAUGUCCAGAUCCACUGCAGAGUUCUACUCUCUCGUUGUCUGAUCAUUUAAAGUUGGGCCGAGAUGAGUCCGAAGGUGCAGGGCUAAACGUGGAGUGCAAGAUAUGUGGAGACAAAGCUUCAGGAUUCCACUACGGUGUACACGCCUGCGAGGGCUGCAAGGGGUUUUUCAGACGUACCAUUCGUAUGAAGCUAGAGUAUGAGCGCUGUGAACGGACCUGUCGAAUCCAAAAGAAGAGUCGCAAUAAAUGCCAGUACUGCCGCUUCCAGAAAUGUCUGGCUCUCGGCAUGUCCCAUGAUGCUAUUCGUUAUGGCCGUAUGCCAGAGGCAGAGAAGAAGAAGCUGGUGGCAGGACUGCUAGCAGGAGAGAAGAGUCUACUGAGCCCUGGAGGUUCUGAUCUCAAAACUUUGGCAAAGCACGUCAACUCAGCCUACCUGAAAAACCUCAAUAUGACCAAGAAGAAGGCGCGAAGCAUCCUCACUGGCAAAACAAACUGCACUGCGCCCUUUGUAAUUCAUGAUAUGGACUCCUUGUGGCAAGCAGAGAAUGGUUUAGUCUGGAACCAGCUGAAUGGUGCUCCCCCAAACAAAGAAAUUGGAGUGCAUGUCUUCUACCGCUGCCAGUGCACCACAGUGGAAACCGUUCGAGAGCUCACUGAGUUCGCCAAAAAUAUCCCUGGCUUUGUAGAACUCUUCCUUAAUGAUCAGGUAACUUUGUUAAAGUAUGGUGUGCAUGAGGCCAUUUUUGCAAUGCUACCAUCACUCAUGAAUAAAGAUGGACUCUUGGUAGCCAAUGGGAAGGGCUUUGUGACCAGAGAGUUUCUGCGUAGCCUGCGCAAACCCUUCAGUGAAAUUAUGGAACCCAAGUUUGAAUUUGCUGUGAAGUUCAAUGCCCUGGAGCUGGAUGACAGUGAUCUGGCUCUGUUUGUUGCAGCCAUCAUACUGUGUGGAGACCGCCCUGGACUCAUGAAUGUGAAGCAGGUUGAGCAGAUUCAGGACAGCAUCCUCCAAGCUCUGGACCAGCACCUACAGGCUCACCACCCUGAGUCAGUCCACCUCUUCCCCAAACUGCUGCAGAAGAUGGCUGACCUGAGACAGUUGGUCACGGAGAACGCUCAGCUGGUCCAAAUGAUAAAAAAGACUGAAUCGGAGACCUCGCUUCAUCCGCUUCUUCAAGAAAUCUAUAAAGACAUGUAUUAAGUCUUAUGACUUAGGACUUUUCAAACUGAAUUAAGAUACUCGUUGCACACAGGCAUCCACGGUGCUGCAGAUACCAUAGAAUUUUUAUAUUGCCGGUUAUGGAGUUUUACAAAUACUGUUUGAAAACUGACUUUUUUUCUUUCUUUUUUUUUUUCCUCGGGGCAGGGCUUUUUUCCCAAAAAAAAAAAAAAAUCUUAAUUUUUGUGAAGGUCAACCUCUGUUUCCAGCUGGUGAACAGCACAUUAAUAUCACCCAGAAUAUAACAGUAUUUUGAUAAGACGUGUGUUAUAGAUAUCCUAUAUAGACAUCCUUUUUCCAGUCAUUUCCUGUUAGUCUUUAAAUGAAUGUAAUUGGAGUAGUAAUUGUAUCAUUUUACAUAUUUCAAGGCUGCUGCACAGACCUAAAUCCAGAUUUCACAGGACUUUCUAGGUUCUUUCAAAUUCUCUUUAUUAAUAAUUUGAUUCAUUGGUUAACAUUUACUGAUAAAGACCAGAAGUAUCGAACUCAAUCCAGUACUGUAACUUUAGGAAGUGAUCAGAAAUGUAGGGAAAUUGUUUCAUUUGGUGAAUUACUCAGGUGUUGAGCAACUGCUUGUCUUUGUUUCCUCCUACAGUUCCUUGCUUUACAUUUGCUGAACUAAUUAAAUAGCCAUGUCAACUUCACCAUGAGCUUGCAUUUCAAGUCAAUCUAAUAUGCAUACGGAACAAAAACAUUUUUGCUGCAUGAACUCGUUUCUCCAGUACUAUGCACUGUUUCACAUGUUUGUCAGAAAUGAAUUUAGGAAUGCUUAAUAUAAUUUUCUUGAUUCUUUUGGUUUCUUCACCAAAGACAACAGUUUGUACUUUUGAAACUAAAUAUUGAUCCCCUUCCCCCGUUAGCAGUGUAGAAGUUUGCACAACAAUUCUGCAAUUUCAAACGGAAAAUUUAGAAAGACCUGUUACAUCCAGUCAUUUAUAGAAUAGAAGCAGAUCACUAAUCGGGGGGGGGGAAUCAAUAUUUACUUUCUGGUCCUGCACAGGAGAAUUCUGAUGUAGAUGUUGAACAAAUACAAAGCAUACAAUUCUGAAUUAUAAUUUGUUUUUAAUUGAGCGCUCACAAUGUAAUUCAAUGUUGGAGUAAAGUCAUAUUUAUGUUUGUUUAUCUAGUUACCUUAACAUACACACCGUAUAUAUAAUUUAGUCUUUUAACAAAUCCUAAUCAUGUAAUGUGUCUUAUGUAUUGGCCUAUGCAUAAUAUCAUCUAAAUUUUUUUUCCUUUAGACACUAGCACUAUCGAUAUGAAACUGGUUGUACAUUACAACUUAUUUCAUGUCUAGAAUAUUCCAUCUUUUCCCCUAGAUUUUAACUGUCCUGUUCGUAAGCAUUUGAUAUUUUACUGUGUUAAAAUGAUUACACUUGCUGCUGUAAAAGCCGAAGAGCACAAUAUAAAUGAUCUGUAUAAACAGUAUAAUGUUUAUAUGUUUAUGUGGAAUCGUUUUUUUUUUAAUAUCUGUGCUGAAUGUGCACACGCUUUUACUCUACUUCACUUCAAGCCAUGCUUUUCUCGCACCAACCAGAACAUCCCCCCCGCCCAUGGUGCUUCAAGACUUUUGGUAUUUUUGUUUGGUGUUAAUUUGCAAUAUCCAGUCAACACUAAAUUAAAGCCCAAUAUCGUAA